GCCUCUGCCUGCUGGCGCUGGCCCUGCCGCUGGCCCUGCGCGGGCGGGGAGCCGCGGCAGAGCCCCCCCGCACCCUCUACACCAACCACUGGGCCGUGCGGGUGCGGGGGGGGCCCGCCGAGGCCGCCCGGCUGGCCGCCGAGUACGGCUACAUCAGCCUGGGGCAGAUUGGAAGCUUGGAGGACUACUACCACUUUCACCACAGCAAGACGUUCAAGCGCUCGACGCUGAGCAGCCGGGGACCACACAACUUCCUCCGCAUGGACCCCAAGGUGGAGUGGCUGCAGCAGCAGGAGGUGAAGCGGCGGGUGAAGCGCCAGGCCCUGCCCUUCAACGACCCGGUGUGGCCCAACAUGUGGUACCUGCACUGUGGAGAUAAAAGCAGUCGCUGCAGGUCGGAGAUGAAUGUCCUGGCAGCCUGGCAGAGAGGUUACAGUGGCAAAAAUGUGGUGGUCACCAUCCUCGAUGACGGCAUAGAGCGAAACCACCCCGACCUCCUGCAGAACUAUGACCCACUUGCAAGCUACGACGUCAACGGGAACGACCACGACCCGACUCCACGCUACGAUGCCAGCAAUGAGAACAAACAUGGCACUCGCUGCGCGGGGGAAGUGGCGGCAGCAGCCAACAACUCCUACUGCAUCGUGGGCAUCGCCUACAACGCCCGCAUCGGAGGCAUUCGUAUGUUAGAUGGCGAUGUAACAGAUGUUGUUGAAGCGAAGUCGCUUGGCAUCAGACCCGAUUACAUUGACAUUUACAGCGCGAGCUGGGGGCCAGAUGAUGAUGGGAAGACAGUUGAUGGACCUGGUCUAUUGGCCAAACAGGCUUUUGAGCAUGGCAUUAAAAAGGGCCGCAGGGGUUUGGGAUCCAUCUUCGUCUGGGCGUCAGGGAACGGCGGCAGAGAGGGCGACUACUGCUCCUGUGAUGGCUACACCAACAGCAUCUACACCAUCUCCAUCAGCAGCACCACUGAGAAUGGCUACAAGCCCUGGUACCUGGAGGAGUGUGCCUCCACCCUCGCCACCACCUACAGCAGUGGGGCCUUUUAUGAGAGGAAAAUAGUCACCACAGACCUCCGGCACCGCUGCACUGACGGCCACACCGGCACCUCCGUGUCUGCCCCCAUGGUCGCAGGCAUCAUCGCUUUGGCUUUGGAGGCCAACCCCCUGCUCACCUGGAGGGACGUCCAACAUCUGCUGGUCAAAACCUCACGGCCGGUGCACCUGCGAGCAGCUGACUGGAAGACCAACGGUGCAGGGCAUAAAGUUAGCCAUCUAUAUGGCUUUGGUCUGGUGGAUGCAGAUGCUAUUGUGGUGGAAGCCAAGAAGUGGAAGGCAGUCCCUCCCCAGCACGUCUGCGUGGGAAGCCUGGACAGGGUGCCCAAGUACAUCCGUGCUGAGCACGUGCUGCGUGCCAGCACCCUGAGCAGCGCCUGCGCCGAGCAGCGCAACCAGCACGUCCUGUACCUGGAGCACGUCGUGGUGCGGCUCAGCAUCGCGCACCCGCGCCGGGGUGACCUCCAGAUCAGCCUCAUCUCUCCAGCAGGGACCAGGUCACAGCUCCUCGCCAGGAGGGUGUUCGACCACUCCAACGAGGGGUUCAAGGGCUGGGAGUUCAUGACUGUCCACUGCUGGGGGGAGAGGGCAGCGGGGGAGUGGACCCUGGAGAUCCACGACACACCGUCCCAAGUGCGCAACCCUGCCAUGCACGGAAAGCUGAAGGAGUGGAGCCUCAUCUUCUACGGGACAGCCGAGCACCCAUACGGCACGCCGGGCAGCCCCCAGCCCCGCGGGAGGGGGCUGGAGGGGCCGGAGAUGGAGCCCUCCAGAGCUGCCUUCCUGCAGAGCCAAGUGGAGGUGGUGGAGGAGGAGGAGGAGUACACAGGUCUGUGCCACCCUGAGUGUGGUGACCAGGGCUGUGACGGCCCCAACGCUGACCAGUGCCUGAACUGCAUCCACUACAGCCUGGGCAGUGUCAAAACUGGAAGGAUGUGUGUGAGCUCGUGCCCUGCCGGGUUUUUCGGCGAUGAGGGUGCGCGGAGGUGCCGCCGGUGCCACAAGGGCUGCGAGCGCUGUGCCGGGAGGGGAGCGGGCCAGUGCACCGCCUGCAAGAGGAGCCUCUACCAUCACCAGGAGACGGGCACCUGCGUGGGGCUCUGCCCACACGGCUUUUACGCCGAGGAACGUCAGAAACGCUGUCUGAAAUGUCACCAGAGCUGUAAAAAAUGUGUCGGGGAGGCGGAUAGAUGCACUGCAUGCAAAGAUGGAUUCAGCCUGGCAGGAGAGAGUUGCGUGCCUGAGUGCCAGCCCACCAUGUACCUCAGCCGGGAGCCGCGGCGGUGCGAGUCCUGCCCCGCCAGCACAGGGCCAGGUGAGGAGGACUGUGCAGCCUGUACCCCCGAGGCCUCUGCACCCCACUGGCGCUGUGUCCCCGCUUGCCGUGAGGGCUUCUACCCAGCCGACAGCCACGGGCUGCCCAACAAAGUCUGCAAGAGGUGUGACGACCACUGCUCAGCCUGUGAGGGCUCCAGUGGAAACUGCCUCAAGUGUAAAGAAGGUUUCAGCCUCCUCGGGGGCUCCUGUGUAACAAAUGAAACCUGCACCAAUGCUGACAAGACUUUCUGUGAGAUGGUGAAAUCAAACAAGCUCUGUGAAAAGAAGCUGUUUGUGCAGUUCUGCUGUCAGACGUGUCUUAUGGCUGGGUAAAGUUCAGCGGCUGCAUCCAUCCAGGACUUCCACCAACUGCCAGCCCAGUUUUGCCAAAUGUUUAGGACAAAAGUUUAUUUUUUCAGCUUUGGGAGAGUUUACAUUGGUGCUGUCAAGCAUUCGCUCCCGAGUUUGAUAGCUUUAAUAUCACUGUCAGCGCGUUUCUAUAGCGAUAUGUUAAGCAGAGAUUGGAUCGUCCCCUGAAUGAGCCAGUCCUGAAAGGCAGCAGCACACAAACGGUGAUAUUAAUCCUCUCAAACGCUCCUGGUGAGUGGGGACUGAUGCAUGAGCCGUGCACACAUACACACACACUCGGGUCUUGGCAGAAACCCUGCUGAUCCGCCCGCUCCUCGCUGCAGAGGGUGCAGGACUUGACACAUCUGCCAAGAGCGAGCUGUUUGGGGCUCAGGUUGUGCUUCCCUUUCCUGGUAGGUGAUGGCUGAUACGAACCUGCCGGCACCGCGGCGCUCUGUACGUAAUGUAAGACGAUGAAUGGGGUGGUUCGGGAGCGGUGCCCCAAGGCCCUGCUCUGGCACUCCUGUUCGGAUUCAGGCCCUAGCUGUUUCUCUCUGGCCGUGGCAAUAACUGGAGAUUUGAGGACCAAAGCGAGAGCUGAUCCACGUGGCUCUGCAGGUGUCAACCCAGGGAGUCUGGCAGGGCAAACCCUGCAGCUUGCUCAGGCAGGCAAAACCCCUCUGGUUCAUCCACACCGACCAGCCUGCAGGGUCACAGCCGUACCAUGACAUGUGUUUCUCUCCUGGAACUGCUAGUAAAGUUGCUGAUUCGUUCAGUGCUGGAAUGAGCUAGAUCCCUCCUCUCAAUGAGGUGAUGUCCCAAUUAAUCUCUUCUGGCAUUUUGUGUCAGGAUCCUUCCCCCGUUUCACUGGGUUUACCCCUCUCACAAAACCCUCCUGUUCACAGCAGGAAUUUUUUCUGGGGCAUCAGUUUCCAGAAGAUACAUUCGAGGGAUGUGGCCAGGAAACUCUUUAAUUCAACAAAACAUUUUCCCAAUCCAACGUUGUCAUGGAUAGCAGGUCCCGUGGUCGUUGAUAAAACUGUGUUUAAAGUAUCCUUGGCUAUGUUGUUUUACAGAUUUUUUUUAAAGUAACUUAUACAAUCCUUGGUUUUUUUCUCUGUGGACUAUUUUUUUAUAUGGGAGUGGGGAACCUUUUUGUGUCUUACAUCCUUCUCCUUUUCUCCUCUCUGACCUUGCAGAGCCACUCUUUGCGCCAGACGCAUGUAAACACUCUUCCCCCUGCCUCGUGUGCUGAGUUUCAUUGUUGGUAGUUUUAACGAGUUACACUUUUUGCCAGUGAAAUUCACAGGAUGAAUUGUCCCCAGUUUCUGAUGGAGCUGGGAUAAUCCUUGCUUGGUUUCGGUUGUAAGGACACGUGCCCUGCCUGGGCUUGCCCGCUUACCUCAGCCAGGUGAAGAGGGGAGAGCCACACCGUCACCGGUCCUCACCUGCCUGGACCAAACCCGGGGAAAGAUGGAGCUUUGGUGAACUGACCUUUUAAGUUAAUAAACUAUUGAUC